CUCACAGCUCACAGCUGAACUUUGCCCCUCCACAAAGCUUCCACCCAAUCCCACUCACUUACCAGACAGUCCCUUAUUCAGGCAGGACAUGCUUCAUCUCCAGCCAAAUCCCUCCCUUUAACACUCCCCUCCUCUACCAUCUCCUCAACCCCCACCGCGCCGGCUCCGCGGCCAACAAGAAAUAUGGCGACCACCACCUCAACCUCCCCGCAAAUCCCCCACCACGUCACCGCCCUCCUCUCGCACCUCACCUCGCGCCCCGGCGUGCAAUCCACCUUCAUCCUCUCCCGCAAAGACGGCUCCAUUAUUCAGAGCACGGGGUUAUACGCCUUUUCGCCGACGGCCCGUCGCCCGAGCAGACCUACACCUACACCUACACCAGCACCUAUCUUCAACCCAGCCUCAUCGCCGUCGCCGUCGCCAGCUACAGCCCCAGCCCCAGCUACAGCCCCAGCCCCAGCUACAGCUACAGCUACAGCUACCCUCCCAAACCCGAACACUGUCCCUGUUUCUGGUUCUGGCUCUGGUCCUGCUCCUACAGCCCCGCACCCCGACCAACAACAAGAAGGAGUACAAGAAUACCCCACCAACCCGACAACCCCCGACGCCACAGAAACCGUCCUCCCCCCGACUGUCCCAGCUACCGAGGAAGACAGCGCAGCAGAAGCCGAACAACCGGACGAAUCCCCCACGAACACAGACAAAGACACAUCCCCCAACGCCAAUCCCGACCCCACCACCCCGCAAUCCCUACAAGUGACCACUCUCCCAAUCCGAACCAAGGAAUCGGCAGCAGCAGCAGCAGCAGCAGCAGCGCAACAAGAGCAAGAACAAGCGCCAGCCCAAGAGCAACAGCAGGAGAAAUACACCCCCUCGCCCGCCGAGACCCUCGCCGCGCAUAUCUUCGCGUACGUGACGAGCGCGGCUGAGCUGAGUGCCGUGUUGGCUGAUCCGACCUCUGACGGGGCUGGUGGUGGUGGUGGUAGGCAGCAGCUUGAGGGUGGGGUGGAGGCUGGGAAUCGAAGCGGGGAAUUUAGGACUGGGCAUGGUAUUGGGCAAGGGCAAGGGCAAGGGCAAGGGCAUGAACAAGGGGAAGGGGAGCGCGACGAGGAGGAAGAGGGAGGGGAUGAGGUGAAGUUGUUGCGGUUGCGGACGAGGAAGCAUGAGAUUGUGGUGGUGCCGGAUCGGAAGUAUUUGCUCUGUGUGGUGCAUGGACAUGGCUCUGGGGCGGGAGCUGGAGCUGGGGGUGCGGUUGGGGGCGGGGUGAGGAGGUGA